GCCUGCUGUCCUGCCCAUCAAGGCAGCUAGCUUCUUUCCUUUGCCCGGAUCAUGGCCAGGAGGAAAGUCUCUCUCUGCAGCUGGCUGGGCUGCGCUGCCCUGCUGGCGCUUUUCCUGCUGGGCGUCUUGGUGGGCUGGUGUGCAAAAUCGCGAGAGAGCCCACGGGGCACGGCAGCCGUCUAUCAAAAUGCAAGAAGCCAACUUCUUGCAGAAAUGAAAGCAGAAAACAUCAAGGCAUUUCUGCGUUCUUUCACCAAGCUCCCACACGUGGCAGGAACAGCACAGAAUCUUCAUCUUGCAAAGCAAAUUCAAACCCAGUGGAAGGAAUUUGGCUUGGAUAAAGCUGAACUAGUUCAUUAUGAUGUCCUGCUUUCCUACCCAAACCAAAGCACCCCCAACUAUGUUGCUAUUACUGAUGAUCAUGGAACUGAGAUUUUCAGGUCGUCGCUCUUUGAGCCCCCUCCUCCAGGAUAUGAAAAUGUUUCGGGGGUGCUGCCGCCUUAUAAUGCCUUUUCUGCACAAGGCACACCAGUGGCAGAUCUGGUGUAUGUAAACUAUGGCCGCACGGAAGACUUUUUCAAACUGGAACGAGAGAUGGGAAUUAACUGUUCAGGAAAAAUUGUCAUUGCUCGUUAUGGGAAAAUAUUCAGAGGAAAUAAAGUUAAAAAUGCCAUGUUAGCUGGAGCUAAAGGGAUCAUCCUUUACUCGGACCCUGCUGAUUAUUGUGCUCCUGGAGUGAAUCCCUAUCCGGAUGGGUGGAAUCUUCCAGGAGGAGGAGUCCAGCGUGGGAACGUAUUAAAUCUCAAUGGGGCAGGAGAUCCACUUACUCCAGGGUAUCCAGCCAAGGAGUACACCUUCCGGUAUGACAUUGAUGAUGGAGUAGGGAUUCCCAAAAUCCCAGUGCAUCCCAUUGGCUACCAUGAUGCUGAAAAACUAUUACAGUUCAUGGGAGGCCCUACAGCACCAGAUGAGAGUUGGAAGGGAAAGCUCAAUGUCUCCUAUAACAUUGGGCCUGGGUUUUCAGGCACCCAUGCAACAAGAAAAGUUCAAAUGCAUGUUCACACCAUCAGUAGAAUCACACAAAUACACAAUGUAAUCGGGACCAUCAAAGGAGCAAUAGAGCCUGAUAGGUAUAUCAUUAUUGGAGGCCAUAGAGACUCCUGGGUGUUUGGUGGUAUUGACCCAACCACGGGAGCAGCCGUUCUUCAAGAAGUUGCUCGGAGUUUUGGCAAGAUGGUGAUGAAAGGUUGGAGGCCUAGAAGGACGAUUAUUUUUGCUAGCUGGGAUGCAGAAGAGUUUGGGUUAUUGGGUUCUACAGAGUGGGCGGAGGAGAAUGUCAAAAUUCUGCAGGCCCGGGCUGUUGCUUACAUCAACACAGACUCCUCAAUAGAAGGCAACUACACAUUAAGAGUUGACUGCACCCCCCUUCUCAACCAACUGGUGUAUAAUCUGACCAAAGAGAUAUUAAGCCCUGAUGAAGGGUAUGAAAGCAAGUCUCUCUAUGACAGCUGGCUUGAAAAGGACCCUUCCCCAGAAAGUAAGCAUCUUCCCAGAAUAAACAAACUGGGAUCAGGCAGUGAUUUCGAAGCUUAUUUUCAGCGGCUGGGGAUUGCAUCGGGCAGAGCACGUUAUACUAAGAAUAGGAAAGUGGACAGAUUCAGCAGCUAUCCCGUCUACCACACGACCUACGAGACCUUUGAGUUGGUUGAAUGGUUCUACGACCCCACUUUCAGGAAGCAGCUUGCUGUUGCUCAGGUCCGAGGAGGCUUGGUUUAUGAGCUGGCUGACUCCCCCGUCAUUCCUCUCAACUGCCGAGAUUACGCAGAAGCAUUAAGGACCUACGCCAAUGGAAUCUACGAGGUGGCCCUGAAACACAAAGCACAAUUUGAGAUGUACCAAGUGUCGUUUGAUCCCCUCUUUUCUGCUGUGACCAAUUUUACAGAGGCAGCAGCAGAUUUUCAUCAAAGGCUAUCGCAACUCAAUAAGAAUGACCCCCUUGCCGUGCGGAGAAUGAACGAUCAGCUGAUGCUGCUGGAGAGAGCAUUCAUUGAUCCUCUUGGUUUGCCCGGCAGGCGCUUCUACCGACACAUCGUCUUUGCUCCCAGCAGUCACAACAAGUAUGCCGGGGUGUCCUUCCCUGGCAUCUACGAUGCUCUGUUUGAUAUCGGAAGCCGAGCUGACCAGCGCAAAGCUUGGGAGGACGUCAAGAAGCAAAUCUCGGUAGCAGCCUUCACAGUGCAGGCUGCUGCGGGGAUGCUAAAGCCUGUGAUGUAGGAUAGCGGCCGCGAUAGCGGGAGGAAUGGAGCAAGACUGCCUGUUUGCACUGCAUGCCCAGCUGAGAAACCAGGGACACUUUCCUACUCCAAACACUUGUGUUUUUCAACAGCAGCACCACAGCCCUGCUGUUUCCUUGGCUUUUCCUCAUCAGCCAUGCUGAAGAUGCCUGUCAAGUUUGAUAGGCAGGGCAGCUGGAAGAUGAACAGUUGCAGUCCUUUCCCUAAGCCUCCCCUCCCCUGCCACCCUUCUCCUAUACCAGGGGUACUCAAACCUAGGUCCCCAGAUUAUGUUGGACUACAACUCCCAUCACUCCCAGCCACAGUGGCCUUUGCUGGCUAUUGUGGCUGAUGGGAGUUGUAGUCUUGACAUCUGAGGACCCAGACUGGAGAACCCCUGCCCCCCAUGACUUCCAGUACUGUCUCUGCUUUCUUGGAUACUCCCCUGGGGUUUGAGCUUCAGCCUAGCUUUUUAGUGGCCAGGACUAAUUUAGCUCAUUGCCGCUGAACACAGAGGCUUCAUUGAGCCAUCUUAGCUAAUAUCAGGAGUGUACAACUUCAGCCCAUUAGCUGUUGUUGGAUCACAACUCCUCCUCAUCCUAUUGUUGGCUGGGGAUGAUGGGAGUUGUAAUCCAGCAAGAGUGGAAGUUGUGCACUCCUGCUAAUACCCAGCAAAGGCUGGGCAGUCAACAGCUAUUAGCCAUGCUUAUGAAGCAGAGCCUACAUGUUCAGAGGCAGUAUACCUCUGACUGCCAGCUGCUGGGAGGGGCGGCGUGUUACCUUCAUGCUAUGCUGAGGGGUUUCCCGGAAGCACCUGCUUGGUUACUAUGGGUAUUAGGCCACUCUUGUCCUUAACUGAGACCAUUCCUAUCCUGCCAUUAGUUGUAUUUGGAAACAAUCAAAUGUGUGGAAUUUUGAUGAUAAUAAAGCAAGUUAUUAUCUAUA